AUGGCUCGAACCCUUCUUUUCCCCAAAAGCUGGACUAACCUUCUCUCUCUCUCUAAAUACCACUCCUACUGUUCAUCUUCUUCACCAUCAUCUUCUCAAUUCUCAAAAACAACCAUGGCUCGAACCAAACAGGCAGCGUGCAAAAAUGCCUCUCCCUGUACACCACCCUCUUCAUCUUCUUCAUACAAAUCCAUAGAGCGUUCACCCUCUCCACCACCUCGCCCAACACCACCACACACCUCUUCUGCCUUUCCUUCUUCUAACACCAGUCAAGAAGUCCUCAAUCUUAUCCCUCUGUCUACUUUUCUUCCACCAUUGUACACUCGCCCUACACCAAACUUCGCUCAAGUGCCUCCUCAUCUACGCACUAGAAUCACUCCUCCACGAUGCUCCAUGCGAGUCCAAUCUGGAAUUGGUACUUCGAAAUCAAUGAACCCUAAACCACAUUAUUUCAUCAUCUCAGACUCUGAGAGUGAUGAUUCUUCUGAUUCAUGCCCCCCUCCUACCAACCAAAAAGAAUCCCUCUCUCAACCCAAACCACAAACUAAAAUCAUGAAAACAAAAAUCACAAUGACCAUUGCUCAAUUCCUUGCUCGUAAAAAUCUUCCAAAUCCUUAG